ACAUGCCUCCAUGAGGCUCACCCUGGCAUAGCACGUAUGAAGGCACUAGCCCGCAGCCUCGUAUGGUGGCCCCUCCUGGACAGCGAAAUCGAGCAGUGGGUGGCCAGUUGUUCCACAUGCCAACUGUCAAGGCCGGCCCCCCCGGCGGCCCCCGUGCGGGAAUGGGAAGCCCCUAGGUACCCCUGGGCUCGAAUACAUAUGGACCUUGCUGGCCCCUUCCGGGGUCAAAUGUUUCUGGUGGUCGUAGAUGCAUACUCAAAGUGGGUGGAGUUAGCCGUAAUGCACUCCACCACUUCGGAGGCUAUAGUAAAAGUCCUUGAGAGGCUUUUCGCGACUCAUGGGUUGCCGGAUCUAAUAGUGACUGAUAAUGGGCCUCAGUUCACCUCGGCACCCUUCCAGAUGUUUUUGGCCAUGAAGGGCAUCCGCCACGCCACGACAGCCCCCUACCACCCGGCUGCGAAUGGUUUGGCGGAACGGGCAGUGAGAUCGGCCAAAGAGGCUUUGAGCCGCUUACCCCAAUCCGAUUGGCACCAUACUCUUAACCAGUAUAUGCUGGCACAACACACGACGCCUUGCCCAGUCACAAAGUUUAGUCCGGCGGAACUGCUUAUGGGACGGAGACUCCGGACACCUCUCGACCGGCUGCACCCAUCCUACGCCCCAGACACUCUCCACGAUACGGCCACCAGGUUCCGGACAUUUGCACCAGGGGACCUGGUGUAUGCCCAAAACUAUGGGUCCAAUGUUCAUUGGUUACCGGGGUGUGUACUCUAUCUAACAGGACCAUACUCUUAUAGGGUCCAACUGGAUGACGGGCGGGAAUGUCGGAGGCACAUAAACCAACUCCGUCGGCGGGUCGUCAGUGAGGCCUCCGCCCAGCCAAGCCAACCCAUUACAACCCGUGGCGGCCCGGAGCAUCCACCUACUUCCCCUCUAACGACUCAGGCCUUUGAGCACCUGGCUACACCCGAACCAUCCACGGCAGCAACCUCACCUGACUUAUUCGGCUCUUCCAAGUUAUCGAUGGUCCCGGCCGCCGCCUCGGCGCAAACUCCAGAAAUUCUGACGCAGGACACUCCAGCUCCGCCUCCAACAGCGGCCGCUCCAGUACUAAGGAGAUCUGGGCGGAGUCGACGUAGGCCACCGUACUUGGAGGACUACGCAUGCGCCAUUCGGCAGAGGGGACCUGACCAUCGGACCAACCGCCGUGAGAGGGCGGUUUUUGGACCUGAGCCCCGGAUGCUGUGCUGUCUGCAUUGGUUCAUCGCUGCCAUCUCACCACAAGAGGGGGUCGAAUGGUUGAUCGGACCUCCGUGA